GCCGGCGCGCGCUCCGCUGAGGUGGUGAGGAGGUAGCUCUCUCGGGCUCCCCGUGCGCCCACCGCGCGCGCUCCACUCACUCCCUCUUCUUCACCCCCACCACUGGGUGUUGGUCGCAUUGAUAAUUGAUAACGCUUACUCUGCACUCCACUCGAGGAAGGUGGGAAGGGAGGGAGAGAAUGCAGCAGCAGCAGGAGCAGGCGCGGCGGCGGCGGAGCCCGGGGGGCUGGGAGGGGGCCACCGUCGACGAGGCCUCCAUGGAGCGCAGCAAGAGCUUCGUCAAGGCCCUGCAGGAGCUCAAGAACCUGCGGCCGCAGCUCUACUCCGCCUCCGAGUACUGCGAGAAGUCCUACCUCAACACCCACCAGAAGCAGAUGGUGCUGGACAACCUGAAGGACUACGCGGUGCGAGCGGUUGUCAACGCCGUCGACCACCUAGGCACGGUGGCCUACAAACUGACGGACCUGUUCGAGCAGCAGGCUUCCGAGAUCUCGACCUUCGAGCUCAAGCUUGCGCGCUUGAACCAGCAAGUUUUCACCUGCCAAAUCUAUGUGGACAAAGAAGGCUCCAGGCAGCAGCAGAUGAUGGGGGCAAGCAUGAAGCACCACAAGCACUACAUCCUACCAUCUACUGAUUAUAAGAGAACUCAGGCUGUCGCGCACCUGGGAGCAGACACUAAUCAGGAAUCACAGCCUAGACCUUACCCUUCAGCAAAGACGCUUUCCUGGCACCUGGCGUCGGACAAUAGCCCUUCGGCAAAUGGAGCUCAUAAACCAACAUUCAUCCUAGACGACACGAUACCGUCCAAACUCGCAUCAGAUGGUUCAAAUCUUCUUGGUAAGGAGCAGCCUGCUUCCCCCAUGCGCAGGCCUCUGCAACUGAACCGGAGUACCAAAUCCGAUGUUACACAAAAGGCUGGCACAAAGGAUCGACCGGGUGUCAAGCAUAUGUCGACGUUUAGUUCUUUCGACAGGCCUACAGGGCGUGAAAUCCAGAAGGCUCCUGCCAGCACUAAGAGCGUGCUGGCAUCUCUGUUCAUCAAGCACAAGUCAGCAAAGAUGAAAAGUAUCUCAGCCCGAUGAUCCUCUCUUGAUGUAAAUGAAGUUUGUUGUAAUAACUAGUACAAUCUAAGUAAAAUGCAGUUGUAUCUCUUGAAGAUGACAAGUCAUGAUAUCUCCUAUCUGUACAAUAUGUGCUUUAGAAGCCUGUCAUGAAAAUCAUACCUCUGUAGUGAUGCAAGUUUGGAAGUAUGUUUAGUUUUAUUCAUCCGAAAACAUGAUCUUCCUUGAUAUGGCCAUUUGAAAA